CCCGCCAAUCGGCCCUCGCGCCCCGCCCCGCCCUCGGGUGGGUGUGUGCAAAGGGCCAAUGGGCGGCGGGCGGGGGCCGGGCCGCCAGAGGGGCGGGGGGAGCGCGGCGCCCGCCAAUCGCCGCGGUGUUGUUGAAACUGAAAAUACUACAUUAUGCUAAUAGCAGCGGGGCCCGCGCCCGGAGGGUGGGGGGGUGGGACCCUCGCGUAUAAAGGGGCGCGCGAGGACUGGGCGUUCCACAGGCCAAGUGCUCUGCGCUCGGUGGGUGCCAGCCAGGCCAGAGCCAGCCUAGCGAGCGAGGACAGGCACUGAGGGGGCGCGGCCGCCGGCCGGACGACACAGCGAACGAGACUCAGGAGCAGUCCACGGCCCGACAGCCAGCGUGUUGGCAAUGGAGCGCCUCGUCGCCCGCCGCACCUUUCCCCUGUUCGCGCGCACCAGCGCCUGCCGCAGCCUCUUCGGGCCGGUGGACCACGAGGAGCUGAGUCGUGAGCUGCAGAUCCGUCUGGCUGAGCUGAGCGCCGAGGACCAGCGUCGCUGGGACUACAACUUCCAGCAGGACGUGCCACUGCGGGGCCCCGGGCGCCUGCAGUGGACCGAGGUGGACAGCGACUCCGUGCCCGCCUUCUACCGCGAGACGGUGCAGGUGGGGCGCUGUCGCCUGCUCCUGGCGCCUCGUCCGCGCCCGGACGGCGCGAGCGAUAGCCCGCCCCCCGGGCCGCCGGCCGAUGAGUCCCUCGACGGCCUCGGGGAGGCGCCGGAGCCGCCGUCCAGCGGCCCCGCCGUCGCGCCCGCCCCGGCCCCGGCCCCGGCGCCGCAGGAGAGCGCUGAGCAGGAGGCGGUCUCGCCGCCGCGCAGCCAGGAGCCCCUAGCCGAGCCGCCGCACUCAGGGAUUUCGGGGCGCCCCGCGCCGGGCACUGCCGCCACUGCCAACACCGCUGCCGCCGCCGCCGCCGCCGCCGCCACUGCCGCCGCCGCCGCCGCUGCCACCACUGCCGCCGCCGGAGGCGCCGCGAUCAAGAAGCUGUCCGGGCCUCUCAUCUCCGAUUUCUUCGCCAAGCGCAAGAGACCCGCGCCCGAGGCCAAGGCGUCGAACGAGGUUCCCGCGGGAUGCGCCGCGCCUGGCGCCGCUCCAGCCGUCGGCUCGGCUGAGCAAACCCCGCGCAAGCGGCUGCGAUGAGAGCCUCGCGCCCAAAGAGCCCCGAGGGAGCCCGCUGGGCAGCGGACAGGAGAGGAGCGCUGGGCCUCGGCUGGGACCGUCCACGUAGCAGCAACCGGCGGCAGCUGCCACGGAGCAGCGUUCGGUUUUGUUUAAAGUUUGAAAACUGUGCAAUGUAUUAAUAACGUCUUUUAUAUCUAAAUGUAUUCUGCACGAGGAGUACACUGGUCCCAAGGUGUAAAGCUUUAAGAGUCAUUUAUAUAAAAUGUUUAAUCUCUGCUGAAACUCAGUGCAAAAAAAAAAGAAAAAAAAAGAAAAACAAAAAAAAGGAAAAAAGAAAAAAACAUGUAUAUUUGUACAAAAAGUUUUUAAAGUUAUACUAACUUAUAUUUUCUAUUUAUGUCGAGGCGUGGGCCGCUCUGCCACGCAAUAGCUCGGUUAUUGGUUAUGCCAAAGGCACGUCACCCGCAUCUGGUUAUCGACAAAUGUAAAUUUAUUUUUGUAGCGGACUCUGGGGGGAGGGUCGCUCCCAAGCUGUAGCUGCCGUACAAGCCCAUCUAGCUUGCAGUCUCUUCGCGCUUUCGCUGUCUCUUUUUAUUAUUAUGAUUAUUUUAAACUUGAAGACAAAUCUGUUAAAAAAAAAAAAAAAUGGUUCCUGAGCCGUCUGCACCACUGCCCCGGCUCCUCGUCCGCCGGGUUCUAAAUAAAGAGGCCGAAAAAUGCUGCAACUCA